AUGGGCGAGCAAAGAAUGUGUGAGUUAUUUCUUGAAGCUGAUAAUUUUUUUAAUGGUAAACAUGUCAUGCUGAAUAAAAUUAACAAAUCCCCAGCAUACAAACAAUAUUGCCCUAAUAGAAGAGAAUGUUCAAGUAACAGGGCAGGUAUUGGCGCUUUGAGUACGCAUUUAUUUAUCGAUUUAUACAAUCUUGGAGGCAUCAAUUUUGAAUAUUUUAUGAUGUGGCUAGCUCAUAAAUUAUUUAAGAUAGUCAAAGACAAAGAGAAUGCCAAUGAAAUGACUUUAAGUUCGGCUUAUGACGAAUAUUUAAAGAACAAUAUGGGUAAUUUUAUAUUUUGGAAUCUUUUAUAUAAUCAAAGAGAUUUGCAUGAUGCUAAUCUUAGGUAUAUGAAUGAAUUGUAUACGUUACUUAAUUAUAUAUGUAAUACAAUUGCAUAUUAUAAAACAAAUAAAGAAAAACCUGGGAAUCUUCGUCAGAAUUCUGUAAAUUGUCUUAAUCAAUAUAGAAGCCUUUACAAUACUUUCUAUGGAAAUGAUUUAUAUCUGAAUCUAUUGGAAAAAUUAAAAAAAAUAUAUGAAGACUUUAGAGAUUAUGCUAUUAAGAGUAAUACUGAUAAAAAAUAUAAUAUAAAAAGUCAUCUUCUAGAACUUACACCAAUAAAUAAAAAAUAUUCACAUUCUACGAACAAUUUUAAAACAUUUGAUUCCAAUGGUCCAGAGCGUAUACCAAAAAAUAAAGAUAAUGUCCAAAGUGUUCAAGAUAAAGCAGUAAAAGAUACAACAACCACACAAAAGAGUAAAACUAAAGGGAUGGAUCAAAGUAGUCAAAAGAGUACCACUAAAAAUAUAGAUGACAAUUUAAAAGUUUCAGAGCCUGUGUCUCAACAGGAGAAAGGCAUUCAAUUCCCAAAAACUGAAGAUUCUUCAUUAAAAGAUGUGUCAAAAGCCUUAAAGCUUGUUAGCAAUGUUUCAGAUAGUCAAAAAACUCCAAAUGGCCAAGACAGUCCAACCAAUGAGUCAGAAACUAAUAAAGAUAGAAUAGAUAUAUCCCCAAACCCAAAAGGCAUUCACGAUGUUUUUGAUUUAUCAACUUUAAAAGAAUAUAGAGAUUUAGUUAAACAGUAUAUUAAAAAAUACAAAGAACAUGUUACUAGUUCAUAUAUUGGUAUUCAAAACCAUUUAUACGAGAAUAUAUGGCCUACUUUAUAUGAAACUUAUAAUACUUAUGCAGAUUAUUAUAAAAAUUUUGAUAUAAUGAAAUAUCUUAAAGAAGGAAUCCAAGCAAUUGAACCACAAAAAACUGAAAUAUUAAAGGACAUUCCACCAAGUAAAGAGAAUGAACUCGAAAUUAUAUCUCCUUUACCAGAUAGCAAAACACCAUAUGUCGAAAAAUCAGAACCAAAAGACACCCAAACACAAAUAUCAGAUGGUCAAGGAAAUGAGCAUUCGCAAGUGUUACUUUCUACACAAGAAACUGAUUCAACAAAUAGUGAACAAGAACAAAUUUCAGAUAAUUCCUCUAAGGAACAACCCCAAUCAUCAGGUGGUUUUACCAAUAUAAUGCCUCGUUUAGAAAUUGAAGCAAGAACCAUUAAAGCCGAUGUACAAAAUAACAUAUCUGAAAUAGGAUAUCUAGGAAAUGUAUUUAAAGAAUACAAAUUAGUUGUAUAUUCAGUUAUAGUUAUAGCAACAUUUGCUAUUUUAACAGUUAUGUAUAAGUAUUUAUCAUUUGGGUGGAGUAAACAAUUGAAGAAAAAAAAAAAUAUGGAAAAGAUUAAAAAAUUGUGUAAUGAAAAUGAUAUCGGGAGGAAGCUGCAAAUAUAUUAA